AUUGGAAGAAUUAAUAUUGUUAAAAUGUCCAUACUACCCAAAGCAAUCUACUGAUUCAGUGCAAUCCCUAUCGAAAUUCCAGUGGCAAUUUUCACGGAAUUAGAACAAAUAGUUAUAAAAGUUAUACGGAACCACAAAAGAUCCUAAAUUGCAAAGCAAUCUUGAGAAAGACGAAGCUGGAGGUAUCAUGCUCCCUGAUGUCAAAGUAUACUACAAAGCUAUAAUUAUCAAAACAAUAUAGUAUUGGUAUAAAAAGACACAGAGAUCAGUGGAACAGAGUUGAGAACCCAGAAAUAAACCCAUUCAGAUUAAAUUCUCUCUGUUGCAGCUGUAUUGGAGUUCUGAGCCCAUCUGCUUUGUCAUUGCAUUUACAUGAGCAGUGUUCUCCAUCCUACUCUCCACAGUGCCAAGUUUGAAAUCACGGGGGUUGAGAUGCCCACUAUUGAAUGGCUCUAUGAGUAAGUGACUAAACUUGUCCAAACCUCAGUUUAGGAGAUAUUUUACCCAUUUCACAGGAUUAAAAUUACGGAAGAAUUAAUUGAGAAUUUUUUUUGGAAACUCAACAGUGAUACAUAAACGAUAAUUAUUUUAAUUAACUUCACUAUGGGGGGUGUCUGUGAAGUCAGGCAAGUCUUAUACGUUGUUGUCCUCUCAGUAAAUGUUUGAUAACAGCUGUUGUUUAUGUUCUGUACCAGCGCUUAACAGCCUCGCAAAGAGUAGAGUUUCAGUCACUUGACUGCUGAAUUAAAGUAGGGAGCUGGUAGAGGAGAGAGGUGUAAUUUUUAUACUGAGGAAAGUACUUGAAGGCAAAGUCUCAGUCUCCAGCCUCAAUGUUCAAGGAUUUAGGAUAGACAGGAAAGGUAGUUGAUAUUGGGUGAUGGAUGGUGGUAGGAGAGACAUUCCUGAAGUAGGGGAGGACCCCUGGCAAAGUUUUGCCUGAGGGCUAGAAAUCAAGCUUUGGAUGGUGAAGGGUUAAUAGCUUUCCAAGCCUGACCUUAUUUGCAUAUUACUAAAUUCUACCCUUCACAGUCAUUCUAAACACCCACGGAUUUGUGUAUUCAUAUCUGCCUACACAUUUCUAUUAUCUUUUUAUAUAUAUUUUUUCUAUUAUCUUUUUAAAAACACUUCAGCAUACCUGUGUCAUACUACUUGCACCACAAUUUUACAUAACUGGAUACAAAGAAAUCCAAAAUGAAAUAGCACAAGCAGCAAUUUAGGCAAGGCUGUUUAUAAUUCUACAGUUCAGUAACAUUGUCCGCAUAAAGGGCCACGGAUGAUCUUGGGUAUUUGCAAAUGCAAAGAGCUUUCCAAGGAGAAUGAAUAACAUUUUGAGUUCUGAGCAAAGGUGCACUGUACGUGCAAAAUGGAACAUAGCUGUCACCAGGCAGAGAACAGUAUUAGGAAUCUUACUUAUGGGGCGACCUUAACCUAAAAUGAUCUUAUACCUGACAGGGAAUGUAAGGGAAUGAGGUGAGGAGAUAAGCCCACGAUUCAGCCAAGGAAGGGCUCUCUUUUCCCUUGUUAAGUUCUGCAUUUUAACUUCAGGAAAGUGAAGGGUGUUUGGACAGAUCCCAUUGACUGCUGCUCAACAAGGAUCCCCUCUUCUGUUGCUGGAUUUCUAACAGGGUAGCAAUGUGUGUGGCCUCCAGGGAGGAACUGAUCCGAGCUAGUCCUGGCAACCCUGGUAUUCUCCGCUAGGUACAUGAAUACACUGGUUCCCAGCUUCUCAGUUCUGGCCACUGAGAUGUAAGAGAGUCUGCUGGGUUCUUCUGAGAAUUAUUUUAUUUCAUAAUAAAAAGAGACGAAGAGGGUCCCUCCCUCCCUCCCUGCUUGGAUGAGUACUUGAUGUUUAGUGAAGCAGGAGCCAUUCUGUGUUCAAGAAGGAGAGGCCAGGAGAAUCUGAAAGGCAACAACCCAGGCCCCUGUCACUGAACUGCUCAGGGACCCCUGGAACCUAAUUGUUUCAAGGUGGUUCUGUAAAUAGUAACUCUCUUUAUGGUGACUUUUCCCCAGUCAGGAAAGGCGGUUCCGGGCUUCAAGUCUUUCCAGUCAAACUGAAGUUGAACAGAAGGGGACUGCCUUGUGCUGAACCAAAGGACAGUACAGAUGUAAUAAGGCCGUUCAGCUCAGGACAUUCCCUGGAACGCUUUCUCCUGAGAGCUGACUGCUCUCAAAACAUAGGUAUUGGGAUAAUGGUUACACACGUGACUUCCGUCUUCUCCAGUUCACACAGUGAAGACACCAUUCAGAAAGUCUGUCAGUGUACUAACAUUUAUUAAAGACCUCGUGAGCCCCAGCUGCCACUAUGUGCUGGGCACUAAAGACACAAGCUAGAGGCUCUGCCUUCUGGGAGAGAGACAUGAAAUAAAUAUUCCACCAGAAAGUAAUGACAGUUGGGAUCAGUGCUGCCUUAAGGGUGCCCUGAGCGUGAGUAACUGGGAUGCAGGGGUGGGGAUGGCAGCAGUGACCAGAGGAGGCUCCCCCGAGCGAGGGGCAAGGAAACCAGUCACCCUCUUCCUGGUCUGCCUGAGGAUUCUUCAAGUGAGAAGCAAAGAGAGCAGGAGGGAUGGAGAGGACGAGAUACCAAGAAACGGAGGCAGAAGAAAUGACGGAACUUGGUGAUGAAUCCAUGCGGAAGCGAGAGGGGUUAGAGCCAAGGCCUCUCAGUGGCCAGAACCGAGGGCUGGGCACGAGUGUUCAGGGAUCUGGCCCACAGGCCGCUGGCCUGGGCUACCGGGUGGAUGGACGCACAUGCGCACACUCAUCAGUGUGGUCGACUGCAAAAGCGGACCUCUUCUCCUACCCCUCUCUGCAUCCCAGCCCUCUCAAAUGUGGCUCUGCAGCUCUCUCCACCAAGGAGUGGAGUGCACUUCCCUCCCCUGGGGUGUGGGCUGGCACCACGACUUGCUUUGGCCAAGAGAAGGCAGCAGGCAUGAUGGGUUCCUCCCGGAGCCUAGGUCUCGGGAGGCCUGCUGACACUUCCACUCACACUCUUGGAACUCUGCCCAGCCACCAUGAUCCUGGCCCGCCUUCUGGGUGAGGAGAAACAGUGGCUCAGCCACUGCCCCUCCCACCACCGCAGCCGGCAGCCGGCCAGCUGCCUGAGGACACCAAUCUGGAGCCACCAGCCAGCCCCCACCCCCAUCGCCCCUAGCCCGCUGCCACCAGCCCUCUACGGAUGCACGGAAGAAUGAAAGCCUGCGGCCAACACCAGCUGAGCCGGGCCUGGAUUAGGAUAACCACUGCCCUGACCUGCAGACUGGAUGGAGGGGGCCGCCAGGGCUACGCAGGCACAGCAGAGGCCGGAUCUCCAGGGCCCGGAGGCCGGAGCAGCGUAGGCCCCCGGCAGAGCGCGUCAAGCGGGUGCGCGCGCCGCGGUGACGGUGCCCUGGGCUCUCCGGCUCCGCCCCCUCCGCGCCGCUGCUGGAAGGGGCGGGAAGAGGAGGAGCCGGAGGCGGCCGUGGGGCCCCCAGCGCGCCCAGCCCUUUAAAAGCCGCCGGCCGGGCUCGCCGCACCGGCGGCCGAGGUCCCCGCGCACCGGAGUCCCCGCGCUCCACCGCGCGCUUCAUGCGGCCGCCUACCAUGUCCGGACACUUUCUGCUCGCACCCAUCCCCGAGUCCUCCUCCGACUACCUCCUGCCCAAGGACAUCAAACUGGCCGUGCUGGGCGCCGGCCGCGUGGGCAAGAGCGCAAUGAUUGUGCGCUUCCUGACCAAGAGAUUCAUUGGCGAUUAUGAGCCGAACACAGGCAAGUUGUACUCGCGGCUCGUGUGCGUGGAGGGAGACCAGCUCUCCCUGCAGAUCCAGGACACUCCCGGGGGCAUCCAGGUCCAAGACAGCCUCAGCCCGGCAGUCGACUCCCUGUCCAAGUGCGUGCAGUGGGCAGAGGGCUUCCUGCUGGUCUAUUCCAUCACGGACUAUGACAGCUACCUGUCCAUCCGCCCCCUGUACCAGCACAUCCGGAAGGUCCACCCCGACUCUAAAGCCCCCGUCAUCAUCGUGGGCAACAAGGGGGACCUUCUGCACGCCCGACAGGUGCAGACCCGCGACGGCAUCCAACUGGCCAACGAGCUGGGCAGCCUGUUCCUGGAAAUUUCCACCAGUGAAAACUACGAAGAUGUCUGUGAUGUGUUUCAGCAUCUGUGCAAAGAAGUGAGCAAGCUGCACAGCCUCGGUGGGGAGAGGAGGAGAGUCUCCAUCAUCCCCCGGCCGCGCUCUCCCAACAUGCAGGACCUGAAGAGGCGCUUCAAGCAAGCUCUGUCCUCCAAGGCCAAGGCCCCCUCCUCCCUGGGGUAGACCCAUCUGCGCCGGAUGGACUCGUCCCCUUUUUAUCACGCAUUCAUGCAGCUGAGAAGACUGGGGGUCACCCUUUUUAAUCACACAUUCAGAGUUUAUUUUUAUACAAACUAUUAGUUUUCAAGUGUAUGUUUAUUUCUGAAAAUUCAAACGGUGAUUGCCUAGAAGUUGGAUAGUUGUUUUUUUAAUAAAAGAUUUUUUUAAAACUGUAACUGCUGGCCACUUUUCCAUUAAAGGCAAAUGGCAACAUUG